AUGGUGGAAUUCGACCCAUCUAACGCGAGAUCAUUCAUGAUGAUGGAUUUGAAAGGUGAUCGUUCUAAUAUACAUUAUGAAUCUUUAUACAAGGGCGACGUGGCACAGUACGAACUCCUAUUCAAAAAAGUUCUUGGUGGUAACGAACUUCUUGAAAGGUUUCGUUUUGGCACUUCUGAAAGGAAGGAUAACUUUCAAAGAUACUUCAGCGAUAAAGUCAGGAAGGCCUGGAAAGAAGAACCAGAACGAUUAUGGAGGAGAAAAGAACUAAAGCCUUGCACUGAUUACAUUGAGCUGUCUAAAUUUGCUCUGUCAGAAAAUGAUUUGAAAGAUGAGAGUGGAAAUUUGAGCCUGGAAAAGUGUAAAGCAGUUCAAGGUGGAAGAUCUUUGGCUGAGACAACACCGGAAGCAAAAAGUCGCAAGUAUAAUGCGGAAUUAGGAAAAGAUCGACAUAAUAUUGAAUUGUGGCUGAGAUUCUUGGCAGUUCAGGAUGAAGUGUUUUUGGCUCAGGACAGCCUGGAAGAUAAGAAGGCAAGGAAUGAGCGGCUUACGAAUCGUGAGCUCUUGGAGCGAAAAAUGAGCAUCUUGGACAAGGCUAUUUCUUUUAACUUCAACUGUGUGAAGCUCAAACUGGAACGGUUAAAAAUUGGAAUGCAAUUAUGGGAUGAGAAUGUUUUCAGUCGCGAAAUUAGAGAUGUGGAGUUCAAACAUGUCAAUGAUCCGGAAAUGUGGAAAGGCAUACUUGAUCUUUUAGAGAGUGACACGCGGCGGUUCAAUCUUGCUAAUCAGUGCAUGAAGAUGAAAGUAUGUUUGGAGAAACUUGAUGAAAUACGUACCGGUAAAUUAUUGUCACAUAAGGCACUGCCAAACACUGAACAAUUCAUGGCAUCAGUGGUCCUUCGCAAAAUACGUCUUUUAUUAAAAUGUGGACAUACUGAAAAGGCAAUUGGAAUGGCCCAAGCUAUUUGUGAAUUUAACCUAUGCGUUCCGGAAUCAUUCAAAAAUGCGAACUUGGAAGAUAAACGAAAAUUUUUCGAAGUUUUCUGGGACAGUGGAAUUGCACGUAUCGGAGAUGAAGGCGCAGAAGGAUGGGCUAAAUCGAUGGAACACAUAAAGGAAGGAGCGGUAAAAACAGAUCGGUCACUAUGCGAGGAGGAACAGUCAGAAUAUGACAAAACGGAGGCGGAAUUAUGUAACAGAAUUGGCUCAAAGGGCUUAAAAUUACCUUGUCAUCUGGUUUGGAUAGAAGUAGAACGUUUGCGCACGCAGUAUCAGUGGAGACCAAUUAGAGAUUUAAGCGCGACGUUCGAUGACAGAGAACGAGUUGUGAUGUUUCAAGAUAUUGAGGAUGUGUUGUAUAUGUUUAGUCCCCCUGUUACUUUCGAUCUUUUCUGCAGUAUUAUGGAAGAAUUUGGAGCAGUGAUAUAUGGUCGGGAUUCAACUUUAUCAACAAACAUUAUGCAUGAGUUUGCUAUUUUUCCUGAUCUUUCUCUGCGUUUGAGAAAUUUUGAUAAAUCGAUGAGUAGAUUUUUCGAACUGGCUUCCAGUUAUAUACAAGAAGAACGAGAUUUACUGCUAUCGUCACAGCUACUCACAUAUCUUAAUUUUCUUAAAAUGGAUGGUAAUUUGAACGAAAAAAUGCGUCUGAAGAAAUUUCGGGACGAAGCAAAAAAUAUAUGCAAUAGGAACAACAAUGUUAACAAUGCCUCACUGAUGGCAACAUUUGCAGAAAAGAUGUAUGAACUGGGGGAGAAAGGCGCAGCAAAAGCAUGUGCCAAUAAAUUCCUCAUAACGAAUAUGUGGAGCAAGGUUGAAAUGGUACGGGCAAUUUCGUUGUUUCGUAUGGCUAUUGUUUGUAUAUCGGCAACUGAUGACGAAAGCGAAAAGCAGCGUCUUAUCGCGAGUUUCAUAUGUGAAGGAAGGUCUAUCGCUAAUGUGACAACAGAUGCAGCAAAAAUUGAAAAGCAAGUUAACAUUCGUCUCCAUAAUCUUUUGACAGCUGAUUUCGUGAACGAAACAUGGGAAGGCUCUGCAGUUGAUCUCGCUGCGUCACUGUUUCUUCUUUUUGCAUAUUAUUAUGCUGAUAACAGUAAAAGAGUACAUAAUUUAAGGAAAUGUUAUACAACUCUGUCUGGCAUCAUGAAGAAUAAUUCACAGCGUAGAUUUACGAAAAAAUAUCUGGAACUAUUGAAAAUGCAUAUCACGAGUAAUCCAUGUGAGCCCCAACGCCUCCUUGUGGAAGCAUCUGUAAUGGCUUAUCAAAAAUUUCCAACAGAAAUAUCGUUUUUGAGGAUUUAUAUAGACUGUUGUGCUGUAGGAACACGUGUUAUACAUUUAAGAAGAUUCCUGGAAAAUGAUGUAGAAGAUUGGCAUGCGAAUUACUGUCUUGCUUUUGGUUCUGUGUAUCUUGAACUGCUCCGACACAGAAUACUACUAGAGACGAACGAUUUCCAGUCGCCUGAGUUGCAUCGUCUUAGAGCAGUUGUGAAGAAGUCAAGUGAGCGCAUCUGCCAUCGUGAUGAUGUUUUUUGGCGUCUAUUAUUGCUCAUCGAGAAUGAACGAAAAGAUAUCCUGCGUGCACGCGAGGUGUUCUACCUAGCGUAUGCUGAAUGUCCGUGGUCUAAGUCACUCAUCAUGGAUUACAAAGAUGUUAAUGCUGGUGAGCAUGAGAAAUUGCUAGAUGCGAUAGUAGAAAAGAAGUUGAGACUCCGGUGUGAGCAAGAAGAAAUUGCUAUAUUGCUGGACAUAAAAUGA